AUGCCUUUGGAGAUCUCAAGCUUCUAUGUCGUUAGCCUUGCUAUGGCUCUGCGGCAGUGCUUGGUACGUCUGCAUGGUGACUCCAUAGCGGUACAGCAGCAGUUGUCACAGGAGGGGCCGUGGUCUCGUGUCUUCGAGGCUGCCAGAGGCUUGUUCGGAGUCCUGCGCUACCAGCAAGAGCAGUCCGAAGAGGUUGGCCACGAGCUCUUGGCGAUUGUUCUCUUUGUCUUGAGCACUGCACGUCAUGCUCCAGAGGAGGAUGAUGCUGUCAUGGUAGACGUGGAGGCAAGUUUUCGCCCCGUGGAACUUCCAAGCAUCAUGAGGAUCCCUUGUGCGAAAUCUUUUCGCGAGAAGCUCAUCUUGGCUGGCGGUUCUUUUUGGAGAGAGGCAGCAGUGGACCUUAGAGACUCGCUAGGCUCGGCCGUAGCUGUGCUAAAAAAAGAAGAAAGCAAUCUGAGUCGCCCGGCUCUUCAGAAAGAGUUCUGGAUGGCCGUACAGGACUUGGAUGAUCUCAUUGAGAAUGCUGAUGAGCAGCCUCGUGCGGGACCACGUCCAGCUCGUGGCGGCCGUAAGGUUUGCGAACAGAAUCAGAUUGGUGUGCCGAAGCUUCUGGCGGCGAAACAGCUCUGGUGCCAGAAGAUGUUGGCAUCAUGUCAGUUUUGCAGUUUUGUGAAGAUGGCAGAUCGUCGGCAGAACGGUGUCCAGAAAGCAUAG